UGUUUUCCAAAUUUGUGAAAGUUUGACGUAGUAGGUAGAGGAAGGACAAAUCAACAUGUUCUGAUGUUUCUGACGUAACCCGUUUGACUAGCGGUAAUAGGGUAGAUGAAAUGUGACAUUAUAAUCACUGUACGAUUCUAUUAUGAGAAGUAAUACACUAUCAUCCUAGGCAUUUCUGUGCAUUUGUAAACUUGACCCACUACUGAUAAUAAAUCUAAAUUUAUGGUGUCAAUAAUAGUUAGCUAGAGAUAUGUACUGUAGUCAUGUUAGUGCUGAUAUAAAGCUGCGGACAUGGACGUAGCUCAACAUACAUUCCAAGCACCACUUGCAGUGCCACCUAUUUCAUCAGGUGUGGAUAAGACUCCUAUGCUUCAGCAACAAUCAGUAAUACAGUCAAAUCAACAGCUGCAACAGCAGUUGCAGUCAAUGCAUGAUAGUGAAGAUAGGGAUGGCCAUAAAAGGAGGGAAAUACUUACACGUAGGCCAUCUUAUAGGAAAAUUCUGGAUGACUUGUCAGUAGAAGGUCCAGUAAAAAUGGAGAAUUAUGAAGAUAACGGUAGUAGUAAUGCAUCGAGUCCAUCAACAGAUGAAAAUUCCAUUAACGAAAAACAAUAUCAAAGUAUGCAAUUAAACGGAGUUGUACCACAACAAGGUGUUGGACCAAACAAUGUUGUUCAAUAUUCUGAAAACCAGCCUGCUGACAACGCACAAUAUAUAAUCACUACUCAAGGACCUGGAAAUAAAAUACAAGCAUAUACGAUAAAAGGACAGCUACCAGUUGGGUUAGACAGUACAUCAAUUGCUUCUCCACAACAACUGGCUGAAGAAGCCAAUAGGAAGCGAGAAUUGCGAUUAUAUAAAAACAGGGAGGCAGCGCGAGAAUGCCGUCGUAAAAAGAAGGAGUAUGUAAAAUGUCUCGAAAACAGAGUUGCUGUACUAGAAAAUCAAAAUAAAGCAUUAAUAGAAGAACUUAAAUCACUAAAGGACUUGUACUGCAGUAAGGAAAACUAACCUAUGCUAAUCAAUUCUUCUUUUUCUUGACAUACCUAAUUAUAUAUAUAUAUAUAUACAUAGAAAAUUUAUUAUGCUUGGAAACAAACGCUUAAUUUACGUGUACAUAAGUUUUAUGCAAACAAUUUUUAUGCUUUAAUGUACUUGUCAAUUUUUUGAAUUACCUGUGUUUCUAAACAAGCCCUGGCUAACAUAAUAGGCAGGUAAUAAGAGGGACGACUCUCAUUUUAUAUCUUAUGACUGUGAAGUAAUAGGGAACUUUUGGCAAAUCAACAGCUUCUUCCCUUAGUCUCCAACGUAUUAUUUGUUGGUUUUGACGAAACUGUGGACCAAAUCAAUCUAUGUCUGUGAAUAUAAAUAGAGUAUAUUUAUGUGAUAUUUAUUUUUAAUACAUUGUAACUUUUUUUGAAAUUAUAAGUAAGCUUUCCCCAGUCCCCCUGCAUGUAAUGAAGAAGACUAUAAAGUAUAGGGGACUGUGGAAAGCGAUUCUUCUAGUUGUUGUUUUUCUAUUGUUAAACGAAAGGUUGUUUUGAAUGUGUACAUAGUCCAGUGUAGAUUAAAUACAUGUAUAUUUCUUA